CUUUUUCGAAACUUCACAUCGACGACUUGUUCCCCUCAUUCACAUCGAUACAUACCUGAACGGCAAACCAAGGGCGGCAAAGGAACUAACGACUUGAUAUCCUACAACUUGUUACACACAACUUGGUAUUCGAAUUACCCAAACCGUAUAUACACACAGCUUCCACUUCAACCACUUCUCCAAAACUGCGUCCUGCGACUGACUCAAUCCUCAAUCCUCAACCUCACCCAAACUAUCAUCAACUCCUCAACCUCAACCCACUCACCCAUCCGCUCCGUCCCUUACCACUGAACAACCCACCUCACCCAACCUCCACCCACCAAAAUGACCCAACCACCCAUUGAUGGCAACACCACCACCACCACCACCAACACCAACGAAAAUGACAUCUUCACCGACGCAGAAGCCGAAGCAGCCGCCAUGGCCGCAGCAAUGGGUUUCUCCUCCUUCGGGCACCAAGCUACCGCCGACGAAGAAGAAGAAGGACCCGCUGACCCCCACGGAGGCCAACGUCCCUCCAAGAAACGGCGCUACAACUCCCGCAUCGACGACGCCUACGUCGGCCCCACACCACAGGGCACAGGGGCGAAUGACGUUCCUGUUCAACGACAGAGGGUUCUUAAUAAUAAUGCGCCGAGAGAUGGGGAUAUGAACGAGAUCAACCUCGAUGACGAUACUGCAGCUGCAGCUGAAACAUCAACGACUAGUCUUCCGGUUAAUUCAUCGCUAUCUCUACCGCCUAAAUCGCAAGUCCAAGUGUCAAAUCAACAACACAACCAAAGAGGCAAUCAUGGUGUGCACAGCGGACGAGGAGGCGGUAGAGGCGGUAGAGGCGGCAGGGGUGGUCACGGAGGAGGAGGAGGAGGUGGUGGAGGAAGUGGAGGAGGAACACAUGGUCGUGACCCGACGAAACCUUGGUACAUUGAUUACUACGACCCUUCGAGCAACGAGAACCCGUGGGAGCGGUUGGAGCAGCAGCGCGGUAUGGAAGCCGUGGGGAAGUGGUUGCCUAGUCGCUCUGGAGGUGGCAGUGGUAGUGGUAGUCGAGGUGGGUUUGGGAGUCCUGGUUCUGGUCCUGGUUCCGGGCAGCAGGAGGGUCAGUCGGCUAUGCAAGCGGUGUAGGAGGUGCAGGGCGUGGCUUAGAUGAAGGCCAUUCCUCACUUCGUUAAUGCAAGUGGUUAGGAUGAUGAUGGUUGCGAAGAUGGUGGCGAUGGCGGUGGCGGUGACAACAAGGCAGGCCGAUAUCAGUUGGUAUCGAAGUGUGCAGGGGCAGAAAAGCUGGAGCGGAAGUUGAAGCUGGAGGUCAAGCCUGACACCGCGCGUUGACAGGCAAUAUGUGGCUUCGCUGCUGCUCGUGCUGCUACUACUGUCGGUAAUGCUGGUUGC